GCAAGUUUUUGUACAUGAGGCCCCUGAUGUUUGACUAAAUGUAAGCUACAUACAAAAGCAAUAAUUGCAGUAUCCAUGAUAACGAGUAUGUGGACAAUAUAUUUUAAAUAAACGACUGCAAUCAUCCAGUCAUUUCUUUGCAAACAUCUAUAGAUAUCAAUAUGGACAUCUUUGAGAUCAAUAUUGGCAAUGAGACAAUAAUGUCACAUGCAAUGCCAGCUUGUUUAGUGUUGUUUGUGUGCUUGUUUGUGUGUAAUGACUGAGCUAUUCUCACUCCUUUUUCUUUUUGUUGUACUCCAGUAAGUUAUCCCAUGUCACUUUCAUUAAAAGAGACUUUUGAUGCAAACCUGCAUAACGUAAACAGUGACAAAUUCAAGAAAUACAAAUCCGAUAUUGAGAAGGCAAUCAGUGAAAGUUACAAGGGUGUAAAAGGUUUCAUUUCUGCGACUGUCACUGGUUUUAGGCCCGGAAGUGUGGUCGUAGACUUUUUUAUCACAUCAUCUACAGAAGUAGCAAUUUCUGUGGAAACAAGUCAAGCGAUCGUCACCAACAUGCAGGAUCUGAAGUACACAGUUGACACCGCUUCGGUCGCUCAAAGUGAGAACAUAAAGCUGAGCACAAGAGACUCUGUGUUUCCUGAAGAAGAUAUGACACUAUCGUGUCAAGCAAACAAUGCAAUUGGUAAUAUAGACUGGAGGUUUCAAGGAACUAUAAUACAGCCAAAACCUCAUCAUGUGUCCUCAGCAGAUAAUCGCACACUCACAGUUAAAAGUGUUGACAUUAGAGAUAAUGGUCGUUACGAAUGUUUGUUUAACACAGACAAAGGGCCACAUAUUUUUUGGGAAACAAUUGAUUAUAUUAAGCCCUAUCCUGCUAUUCAACUGACCUCGAACAAAACAUACGAAUGUAAUGGUCAGUCAGUGGAACUUAAGUGCUGUGUGAGUUCUGAUUACUCAGUGCAGUGGAUGCAGGAAACACAAAUACUAAUCUCCAAUACUGAUUCACAGAAUUGUAUUAGUUUCACACCUCAAGUUUCAUGUGGAAAAACAGCCAUAUUCAUUUGCAAACUGACCAAUGCAGACCUUUAUAGAUACUCAUAUAGCUCAAGAGCUGCGGAAGUGUCUGUUUCCAGUCCAAUACCUCAAGUCCCAAACAGCCCUGCCACAUGCAAAGAUGUUGUGUUUGGUUUUGGAAUAUUUGGUGACCCACCUAAAAAAGGAGACUGUGACCAAAAUCAAGUUGGCUUCAAAAUAGGAGUGUGUGGAGCUGAUGGGAAUUGGCAGAUUGUUACAGACAACUGUGUUCUUCGUAUCAUUAAUGUUCUGAGCCAGGAAUCAACGGUUUGAUUUUCAGUUUUACUGCAUUUCCUUUUUUUACAAUGCUUGUUUAACUUUUUACUUAAUGCUUAACUUUUCUGCAAGCAUAUUUGUCAAUUUUAAAAUUAUACAAAUAAUUACAAAGUCAUUUUUUUCUGAAAUGUACUACAGUGUAAACUUUAUUUUACAGUCGGGUUCUGAUUGUGCAUAAUAUAUACUUAUAAUAACUUUGUAAUAACCAUUGCCAAAAUUAACCCUAAACCUGCUUCUA